AGGGUUUCCAGCUUCGGGUAACUUCGCCGCCACCAUGGCCUUUGCUUGUCCUUAGAUCUGUCUUUCUCCAUCGUUUUAGCCACCAUCGCUCCUCGCCAUCUUCGCGCCUCCCUUUGUCGUCGCCUCUCCUUCGCUGAGCUUCUUCUAUCGUCACCCUCCAUUAAUCGGCUCCUCUCCUCCUUCGCCGAACUUCGUCUAUCCUGGCCUGCAUCUUCUGUUUCCUUUUACCGGCCGGCUGUACCCUGGUACAGCCGUAUGUAUAAUAUUCUUUGCGGGAAGAGUAUGGAUUUGGUGGGUGAAAUAGAACCCAUUUGACCCAAUUUCCUCCACUGGUUCCUCGCCAGUAAGGACCGGCACCCCUUCGCGGCGUUUUCCGGCGAGCCUCGCCACGCGGCCUCCAUUACCAUAGCUCACGACAGAGGUCGCACCGUCAAGACAUUGAUUGCCAUAGCCGGGGAAUGAUGUAGUCUGAUCGGAGGUAGGACUAGAGAAGAAGUUUCAGCAAUUUGACAGUUAUGUCAUCCAGAGAAAGUGUAGCAUUGAGAUCCCUACACACGGUGGCUGCCACCAAUAAGAUUAUAAACAUACCAUAUGAUGUCAUUGUCUUGAACGAGAGUCAAGAGGCAGACGGGCAUAUUUACACGGCAUAUUACUGGAGAGUGCGAUGGAGAGAAAAAAGCAGGCAAAACAAGAGGCAGACGGGCAUAUUUACACGACAUUCACCCCGAAUGGGUGAAUGGUUUCACAUUUUUUCAAUCGUCUCAAUCCACUUUUUUCUUAAAAAGUCCUCAUAUAGACCUGUUCAAGGGGUUUAUUAGUGGAAAAAGCUACAUAUUCAUGUAUAAAAAAAUAUUUCCAAUCAAAGCGCGAACAAUACACUGGCCAGGAUUGGGAUCGAGACAUUAAUCCCACGGUUAUUACAUGUGUGAGAUAAGCUACUAAACUCAAGUUCUAUUU